AUGCUCGGCAUAGACACACAGUAAGAACACGUGCGAAUGUUCGUGUGUAUGUGUUUUUGUGUCUUUUAUUUCUCACAUACUAGAGGUCAAAGCUUACUGAUAUGUAAAACAUUGGACAUCAAAACAGACUAUGUAAAUAACGUUACUGAUUGGUUAAUACUUCUGGUCAAGUUGAAACGGGAAAGAAAUAAUUCAUCUUUAUCUGGCACAUUACUUUAAAAGGUUAAACAGCAUUACUUGGAAUAUGCCUCAUCUUAAGUGUAAUGUUAUGAUGUAACGUACCUUCUCCAUAAUAAUGUUCAAAUGAGAAUCUUCAUAUAGAGACUGACUACUUUCAUAAACUACUUUUCAGUGUAUCAAAUGCACCACUUAACAAUUAUGUUAAAAUUACAAUUAUUAUAUUUACUUGUUUUUUUUACAAGUUAUACAUUAUCAUCAUCCUACAGAGAGAAUAAAAUUGUUCAGGAUUUAUUAUUAUAUCCACCGGAUUCAGCCAGGCUAUAUACACACAUUAAUCGUGGAAGUUAUUUUGGUUAUUCUGUAGCAACAUACAUUGGACAGUCACAACCAUCAUGUUUAGUUGGUGCACCGAAAGCAAGUCAUGGUAGUAGUAAUAAUAUGAAUGAAUCAACUGGUGUUGUUUAUCGCCUUGAUAUGGAUCUUACAUUUCCAUUUUGUUCAGUUGUACCAAUUGCAACUACUGAUGAAUUAAGAAAAGAAGUUGGUACACCAACACCCGGAGUAUCUCAUUGGUUAGGUGGGACUGUGGCAGCUGCGAACAACGCUGUUGAUGGAAUACAACUUGGUUGUGAUUUUCGUUAUUUAUUGAAUUCUGACUUAAUGAAUGAAAUUCCUAAUGAUUUAACAGUUAAUUCGGUUAAUCAAUGCAAAUCAUCAGUUAAAUCAAAAAGUUCGCUUGGGAUCGGAAAUUGUGCUUUAUAUACAGGAACAUCUAUGCAAUAUGUUUCUGUAGAUCCUUGUAAUAGUCAAGAAGAAGGUGCAUGUCUUGCUGGAUUCAGUGCACAUGUACAAGCAGGUAACCAAUCCGGUGAAGCAUUAGUUGCAUUAGGAAUGCCUGGAAGUUAUUUAACUGAGGGAAAUAUCUUUCUAGGCCGUUAUCGUGGUCGUGAAUUAAUCAAUGCAAUCCGAUUGAAAAGUUCAUCACAUGAUUUGAAGCAUAAGGGUUUCGGUUUAGGAUAUGCUAUUGCUUUAGCCAAAUUAAAUAAUAAUGAUAAUAAACUUGGUGAACAACAUAAACAUUUACAAUCAGAUGAUCGACAGCAUUUUCAGUCAAACAUCAACGUCAUUACAUCAAGUCCAAUGUGGAUUGAUAAUGACUAUCGUGGAAUUAUUAUGAUAUUGAAUCAAGCUAUGGAUUUAGGCGGAAUAACUUAUUUGAAAGAUAAAUGGAGUCAUGUUGGAAGUUAUUUUGGAUAUAGUCUUGCUGUUGCAGAUCUUGAUGGAAAUGGUCUAGUUGAUAUUAUUGUUGGUGCACCAUAUUUUACUCGACGCCAGAAUCAGGAAGGAUUACAAGAUACAAUAAAUUCGAAACAAUUUAAUCAUAAUGAAGGUAGUCAAUGGUCAAAUCUUUUACCGGAUAUUGGAAGAGUUUAUAUCUUUUACGGAAAUCAUUUAAAUUUAUCUAAUUUACUUAGUGACUCUAAGCAAAGACCAGAAAUACCAGAUUAUUUCACUCAAGAUCCAGUGAUUUUACAGGGACCAAAAUCCCCUAAAGGUCGAUUCGGUCAUGCCCUAACAAACAUUGGUGAUAUCGAUGGUGAUGGAACCGAAGAUUUAGCUGUCAGUUGUCCUUAUUGUACUGAUCCUGAUGGACGAACACAUAAGGGAGCUGUUUUCAUUUAUUUAGGGAAGAAAGACUCCAUACUGGAUACAGAACCUUUUCAGACUAUAUGGCCAUCUGAUUUACCUAAACAAUCUCCUGUAACAAUGUGUGGCAGUACUGAUUUCACUAAUGAUUAUGCAUCCGACGUUCCACGUUUAUUCAAAGCAUUUGGUUGGAGUUUAUCUGGUUCAUAUGAUUUAGACGGAAACCAUGCUCCUGAUCUUGUAAUCGGAGAUUAUGAAAGUGAUCAAGUUGUAAUGCUUCGUGGACGUAACACUUUAUGGUUUGAUUUACCAAAUUGGGAACUGCCAACACAACCAACCCUAUCAUGGAGAUAUAAAGAUACUUUAACUUGUGAUGAACAGUGCUAUUUUUCAAUUCAAUUAUCUGCUCGAAUUAAUGGUAAACAACAUUUACUAAAACAAAUUAAAGAUUGGAAACUUCGACUAUCGAUUGAUUUGGAUUCAGAUGUUGAACAGCCUGAAAAUAAACGUCUCAUUAUACAAGCAACACGGAAACAAACGAUUUACCAGUCAACGGAUAAAGGAAUUAUUGAUAUGCUUGUGGAAUUGAAAACCGAUGAAUUGAUGGAAGAAAACUCUAGUCGGAUAACUUUAUUUGAUUUUAUUGUUAAACCUGUAACCUCGAAAAUUAGCACACUUUUAUGGAAACCUGUACGUAUUAAUGUAACACUAAACCCUGUACAUGAGCCAAUGUCUUUUGUUGAACACAAAUCAAUAUCAUCAUGGAUAUUGCAUCCAUUCUUGGGCAAUCGAACCUUUAUUAGUCGUUCAAUGCAAUUUUCCAAUCCAGCCUGUGGUGUUGAUAAUAUAUGUCGACCUGAUUUACAAGUUCAAAUGAUCGAUAUCUCUGAAGGUCCAACAGAUAAAUCAAUUAUUUAUUUUAGAGAACGUGUUAGUCAAAGAAAUAUUACUGUUCAUAUUGGGAAUUUAGGUGAAAAUGCUUAUUCUACUCAAUUACACAUGGUAUUUCCUGAUCGAUUGAGUUUUAGUAUACCAGAAGGUUUAUUAUGUCAAACUGUGACAUUGAGUGAUAUGAAACAAACACAACUGAUUUGUAAUUUAGAUGAUCCAUUAAGUUAUACAGGAAAUGAUCAUUUUUAUUCAUUCACUUUUCAAAUAAAUACAGCUGGAGCAUUUCGACAAUUAGAUGAACCAGUAAAUGAUCAACCAGAAAAUAUUUCAGAUCAUGAUCAUUCACAUAUUUAUAAUGAUGAUCUGAAAAAAAUUGAUUAUUCAUUAUCAAGAACGAUCAAUAAACCAAAACAUGAAGAUGAUAAUGAAAUGAAAACUGAUUUUUACAGACAUUCAUCUUCUGUAAAGAGGGAUAAUAAUAAUGAUUAUGAGGAAUCAUACGUUAAACCUAUUUAUCAUUCAUAUCAAAUUAAACGGAAUAAACGUGAUACUUUAUCAAUUCCUAAAGAUUUAACAAUAACAGCUAAAGUGAUAAGUGGAAAUACAGAUGAUAAUAUAAAUAAUAAUGAAGCAAGUAUUACUUAUCAAUUAAAAUUGGCUGCUAAAGUUGAACUUUCAUCAUCUGCAUUGGAUCGUACAAUUAUUGAUUUUCGGAAUUUUUCUGUACAACCAUAUGAAAUGCAAAGAAUUCAUCCCGAAACAAUUGGUCCAGAAUUAAAACAUAUUUAUCUUGUUACAAAUGCUGGCCCAUCACCAUUGGAAAAUGUUUGGGUUAAUUUAACAAUUCCUAUACAAACAAGAGAUGGUGAAUAUUUAGUUUAUCUAUUAGAUCGACUUAGAUAUCAAGCAGAAGAUGGUGGACCUCCACGUUUUGAAAAUAUAUCGCCGGAUGUUGUUAGCGCAGAAGGUCAUGUACGUGGAUUAUGUAUAACACCUGAAUGGGCAUUAAAUCCUUUACGUUUAAAUGCAGUUCAUCGUAAUCGUGUAGAAGAAUCCUCUAAAUCACGAUCAUUAAGUCGAAGUUUUCGAUCACAACUCUCCAUGACAAGAUAUCGACGUUCAGUAAAUAGGAAAAUAAAAAAUAAGGAACUAUCUUAUCUAAAUGACAAACACAAUUUUAUUGACGAUAAUCAACCAAUUAAUUCAAAAGAUUCAAUUAGAAAUGCUAGGUCAAUUUUACAUGGUGUAAGAAAACGUCAACAAGAAAUUAUCAAAUGUGGUGAAAAAGUUUCUGAUUUGGGAUAUCCAGUUUGUGCAGUUACACUUAAUAUUACAUAUCUUGUUGACAGUGGAAAAAAGUACAAUUACCUGGAGAGUUUUUGUGUAUUGAAUGUAUAUCAGACAAUUAGCUGAUAAUAUCAUCAAUUCAUAAUUUAAUAAAAGUAAAUUUUUAGUGAACACUUUAAAACAUUUCAACUUCUUUAAUAUUUGAUUCCGACAUUUAUUAUUUAGUACCUUUAACCGACUAAAGGAAGUUAUCAAAGUAACAUCAUUACAUUGUUGUUAAUUAACUUAAAUUACGUACACUUCAUCCAAAAUAACUGAAAUACGUGACAAUAGAUAACGAUUGUGAAUAAAGAUUAUAUCAGAAUUGGCUGUACUGAAAAUAUUCCAACUAUUAAAAUCUCUCAUGUGCCGAUGUGAAUAUUGAUUAACAGGUUGUUAGAUACUCAUUAUAUACACGUGGAUUUAUGAUCGAAAUAAACUAUUUAACUAAUCACUAUUGGAUGCCAGGUUGAUGGUCUAGAAGUUAGGCGUUCGCAUGAGACCGAAGGACAUGCGUUCGAGUCUCAUCUGUAGAAUUGUGAACACUCACUGAUGGGGAGCCUCCCAUUAGGACGAAGCGGUCUUUAAAUGCUUUCAAGUUUUCAAUGGUUGUCUAACAUUGAUCGGGUCAUGAUUUUAAUGAAAUUCAACAAUCUCCACAACUCAAUUCUGAAAAUAACCAAUAUACGGAAGUUUCUUUUAAUGGCUACACAAUAUCUAUGCAAUUUAAUUAGAUUGAAAAUAAAACAAAGGUGAUAUGAUAAAUUAGAUCAAAAUCUUAAUCAGAAAUUUACUCUACACAACUUCAAUAGAUUCCAUAAAGUAGAAGAACACUUUUAAUAUUAGAAUUCAAAAAAAAAACUCAUUUCAUCAUUUGAUCACCUAAUACCUCGGAAAUUUCUUACUCUUCAGUCACUUCAUUAUGAAACGUUUUAAUUUAUUUCUCUGUAUGGUUAGUAACUAAUCAUUUGAAUUUGUGUUGCCCUUGUCUUGAUAAAGUUUUCUACAAAAAUUUACUUUGUAAACAUGAAUGAUCAAUAAGUAUGAUUGUUUUCAGCAUUUGGAAAGUUUACAUCUUACUAGAAAUGAAUUUAUAUUCUUAUCUUAUCAUCUUGUUGAACUACAUAACACUUUACUAAGUGUUUAUGGAUUACAUUUUUAUUGGUGUGAAAAAAAGCAAGAGUGUGAAAACCUCUAGAAGAAAGAGGUAACAGAAAGAUUCACGGAUUUUCAACAUUUACUCAAGCUUUGAUAUCACUAUGUUAUGAUAACAACAAUUAUCAAAUUUUAUUGAAUGAAUCAGCUUUUAACUUAUAAACUGUAUUAUGCUUGUUAAUUUCUGUCAAAAAACUACUGAUUGAUAAUUUCUGUUGAUACAGCUCUGAUUGAUAAUUAAUUCGAGAAUAAGGAAGAAUAUGACGUUUUUUAGGUUGGCAAUUAACAAGUCAAACUGGUAGACAAAAACAGUCACUUGAUUGUGAGUCACAAAUUCUUGUCACUAGUUUUAAAACAUCAUAGAAUUUCGUAAUCACAUAUUCAAUGCAAUAAUAUCUUGAUAUUUAUUUACCGGAUGUUAUGACUUUUGCCUCUCGUCAAUCAUCACGUGACAAAAUCGCUAGUCAGAAUACCAACUCGUAUGACCUUGUUCUUGUGCUGAACAUAUGACGCGUUCAACAACACUAGCAGCCUUGCCUCAGCUCUGAAUCCUUAUCGAUCCUUCUCGCCAAGCUCUACAUGUUGAGUUUAGAAUACAAUCUCAGCCUCCACUUUAUGAAUUGUAUAUUUCAGACAUACGUGGUCUAUAUAUAAGCAAACCAGACCGCAUCAUACCAUAAAAUAAAAGUUAACAAUUAGACGGGAUCAGGCUAAAAGUGGCCGUGAGUGCAAGAGACUGUAACUAAUAGGUUGAGAAUAACUUGAGAAUAGUAAGUCGUAUAAUAUUAGUCAAAAGGUCAAACGAAAGUUUACGAUAAAAGAAAUAUGAAUAAAUACAUAAUGUAGUUACUUAACAGCUGUACAAUAGGAAUAUUUGUAAUAAUAGUCCAUAAAUAAUCCCUAGCAGUUAACAUUCAUCUGUUCUUCGUUCGGAUAUGACGUCAUACUUGCAUUGUAAAUUAUAUUAUCAGAAUUUCAUUAACAUAAGAAAGAAUAUCCAUAUAAUAUGAACACGCAUACAACAGAUUAAUGAUUGUUUUAAUAUAUUAAAUAUUUAAGGGCCGUAUACCUAUGUGAAUAGAGAGAUUAUGUGUUUGCACAUUAAUGUAAUCUUUACUAUCUUCUACCUUAGUAUUUAAAUAUUAUUAGAAGUAAAUUAAAGUUGUAAAUGACGAAACAAUCAUGUAGUUAUAUGGAGUAUUCAAUAAAAUGUUGUUUCUUUCUUAUAAAGGUUAAUAAAAGGGAUACAUUUUAGAGAACUAGACAAAUCUUAAAAUUACAUUCGAACUAGUAUGUGCAUUAAUAUUAUUGUUAAUUAAAAUAGAUAAAAUUAAACGAUUUCAGUAGUAUAGUUAACGCUGAAAAAAGUGAAGAUAAACUAAUUUUCGCAGUGAAAAUAGGUGAGACUAUAAUUUAUGGAUG